AUGGGGGAGGAUCAGGCGCGGGCGCCGCUGCUGCAGCCGCUCGGCGAUUUCGAAGCGGGCGGCGCCGGGGCCGGCGCGGCCACCACCAAGGGGCGCGUGAGGCGGGCGGCGCUGGAGUGGUGGGUGGAGUCGAAGAAGCUCUGGCACAUCGUCGGCCCGGCCAUCCUCCAGCGGAUCGCGCUGUACGGGGUCAACGUCGUCACGCAGGCCUUCAUCGGCCACCUCGGCGACCUCGAACUCGCCGCCUUCUCCAUCGCCGCCACCGUCGUCGCCGGCUUCAACUUCGGCUUCCUACUGGGCAUGGCGAGCGCGCUGGAGACGCUGUGCGGGCAGGCGUUCGGCGCGAAGAAGCACCACAUGCUGGGCGUGUACCUGCAGCGGUCCUGGAUCGUGCUCCUCAUCUUCGCGGCGGCGCUGACGCCGACGUACAUCUUCAUGGAGGACCUGCUGCUGCUGAUCGGGCAGACCCCGGAGCUGUCGCGCCUGGCGGGGCAGAUGAGCGUAUGGCUGCUCCCGCAGCACUUCGCCAUGGCGAUGCUGCUCCCGCUCACGCGCUUCCUGCAAAGCCAGCUCAAGAACUGGGUCACCGCUAUCACCGCGGCCGUCGCGCUGGCAAUCCACGUCGUCGUCACCUACGUGCUCGUGCAGCGCCUCGAGCUGGGAAUCGUCGGGGCCGUCGCCUCCGCGGACAUGGCGUGGUGGCUCGUCGUGCUGGGCCAGUACGUCUACGUCGUCGGAGGCGGGUGCCCGCUGUCGUGGAAGGGCUUCACCAUGGAGGCGUUCGCCGACUUCUGGGAGUUCAUCAAGCUCUCCUCCGCAUCCGGAGUCAUGCUCUGCUUGGAGAACUGGUACUACCGACUGUUGGUGCUGCUGACAGGGUACCUGAAGAACGCUGAAAUCGCUGUGGAUGCACUCUCCAUAUGUCAGACUAUCAACGGAUGGGAGAUGAUGAUCCCCUUCGGCUUCUUAGCAGCAACCGGGGUGCGAGUCGCAAAUGAGCUCGGCGCAGGGAGCGGCAAAGGCGCGCGCUUCGCCAUCGUGGUGUCCAUCACGACGUCCGUGGUGAUCGGCCUCGUCUUCUGGUGCCUCAUCCUCUACUUCGACGACAAGAUCGCGCUCCUCUUCACGUCCAGCGCGGUCGUGCUCGACGCAGUGCACCACCUGUCCGUGCUGCUCGCAUUCACCAUCCUCCUCAACAGCGUGCAGCCCGUCCUCUCAGGCAAGCCGCUGAACCUGUACCUGAGCGGAGCAUUGCCUCUGCUUGCUUCCUUGGGUGGCCGUUGGUUCAGGAUGGCAAGCAUUGGUCGCCUACGUGAACGUCGGCACCUACUACCUCAUCGGAGUUCCCUUGGGUAUCCUACUCGGUUGGCCGCUGCAGUUUGGAGUAGGGGCGAGGUUAACCAGUAUGAGAAUGAAGAAAUGGGCUGA